AGGGGGCGUGGGAGCCGCGAGCUCCGCCCCCCGCCCACUCGGGGCCGGGUCCAGUGGGGACAGCUCAGAGCUCUUCCUGCUUGUCCCUGGGUGACCUGGUUUCCCGGCUGAGGUUGGCCCUCCGACCCCAGACCCCUCACCUCCCAAAAUACCCUCGCAGCAGCCCCUCCCGCGUUCAAGGCUUCCUGUCCUCUCUGGAAAGCUGAAAGACAUGGGUUCGCGUCCUGACGCUGCCGCUUUGAGCCAGUAGCCUAGCAGCUGCUUUGUGCCUAAAUUGUUUUCAUCUGGAAAAUGGGCUUAAUCUAUAAGUGCUUACCAGAGAAGGUCACUGUGAAUAUUGAAACGAGGUGUCUCCCAGGAGUCUUCCAAGGUUCUCAACACCAAUGGGACCAGUGGGUUUCUCCCAGGGGGCUCAAAGUUUACCUAGGCAAGCACGCCCUAGGGCGUGUGGAAGCUGGUGAGCAGGUGAGGGAAGUUGUCCACUCUAUCCCCCACCCUGAAUACCGGAGAAGCCCCACCCACCUGAACCACGACCAUGACAUCAUGCUUCUGGAGCUGCAGUCCCCGGUCCAGCUCACAGGCUACAUCCAAACCCUGCCCCUUUCCCACAACAACCGCCUAACCCCUGGCACCACCUGUCGGGUGUCUGGCUGGGGCACCACCACCAGCCCCCAGGUGAAUUACCCCAAAACACUACAAUGCGCCAACAUCCAACUUCGCUCAGAUGAGGAGUGUCGUCAAGUCUACCCAGGAAAGAUCACUGACAACAUGUUGUGUGCCGGCACAAAAGAGGGUGGCAAAGACUCCUGUGAGGGUGACUCUGGGGGCCCCCUGGUCUGUAACAGAACACUGUAUGGCAUCAUCUCCUGGGGAGACUUCCCAUGUGGGCAACCUGACCGGCCUGGUGUCUACACCCGUGUCUCAAGAUAUGUCCUGUGGAUCCGUGAAACAAUCCGAAAAUAUGAAACUCAGCAGCAAAAAUGGUUGAAGGGCCCACAAUAAAAGUUGAGAAAUGUA